UGAAAAAUGCCUUCAUCUGCGCCUCUGUUGUCUACCUGUAUCCCAUGGAUACGGCCGGAUACUUGCGGGGCUUGUAUGUGCCGCGCCUGCGCACAAUGUCCUACCUUCUCCCCAGCCGGCCGCUCGAGAACGCGCACGCAUGGCUGUUUUACAAGCUGGGGAGGCGUGUCCUGCAUGCUGGAGAUAGUGCCGGGGAGAGAGACUGUCUGCCUGCUACGCUGCUGUCCUGCAGAUUCUAGAGGAGGGAGGAGGGCCCUGGAAGAUCACGGUGGCAGAGAAAUGGAUGAGAGACACUGGUGGAUAGCUGGCAAAGUGCAGCAGGCGCUGGACAAUGGCACCGAGGAGAGUUCCGCCGCCUUAGAAGCCUUCAUCCUGGAAGAUGCCAAUCUCCAGCUUAUCAACAGGUUUCUGCAGGCUGGAGGACACCAAGCCAUCUUUUUCUUGGUAGAAACAAGUGACAAAACGAAUCCAUUAACCUGGAAAUUCCAUCUCAAGACUGAUCUCCAAAAGUUGGAAAGUGUGCAUAUAAAGACAUCUUUUCCCACAUUACUUUACUUUCUACGUUUUGAGAUAAGUCAUGACGUUGAUGUUGGAUUGAUGGAGAAAGAAAUAUUCUGUGGUGAGAUAAAGGAAAACCCAGUGGAGAGUCUUAGAUGCUUAUUAAACGAAUUAUACAUCCCCCUUCUACGUGCUCAAAAAGACUGGGGCUUCUGCAGCCAGGAGAAUGUCGCAGGUUUUCUUUCAGGCUUGGAGAAAUAUGUUUCAUCUAUUGAUGAAGCAGCCACCAUACCUGAUCUGGAAAAACAGCAUAUCACGAUUUUGAAGAGACCGCAGAAUAUUGUCAGCCCUGACUUUCUUCUACAGAGGUCUGUAGUUCUAGACCCAGAGAUUGUCAGUGAAAAUGAAACCCUCAUUUCUGAGUGGAUAAAAACCAUUGAUCAGGUUUUGAUAGAAGCCAUUGAUGAAAGGGUGCUAGACAUUACCACAACUCCUCUGACUGAACUUGAGCGUUGGCACCACAGACAGAAAAUGUUGAGUUUAAUAACUGAACAGUUACGAGGAAAAGAGUGUAAAUCUGUCCUUGGUAUUAUGAUUUCUUCAAAAUCACGUCUCCUAAAGAGAUGGAAAGCAGUUGAUAUCAGUAUUACAGAGGCAUUGAAUGCUACUAAGGAUUGUGUUAAGUACUUGGAAGCACUUUAUCGUCAUUUUGAUGCUUUGAGCACAGACUACAAUCCAGAAAACAUCAUAAACAGUAUUCUACCAGGUUUCUUCAACAGUAUCCAACAAAUGGAGAUGCUAACACGACACUUCUCAAAGAAUGGAUAUUUGGGACUACUGCUCACUAAGGUAUCAAACCAGUUGGCUCUAAAUUGCAAGUCUUUUCUAAAAGAAAUAAUUUCAGUAAAAGAUUCUAAGGAUCGACUUUGGGAAAUUUUAAGGGAGCACAUCACCAAAGAUAAAAAGGAAGUAGUAUCAGUGAGUGGUUUCGGAGAAGAAAGAAUCCCCAAAAAGGAGAAAUUCAAAGUAAAAGUGUUAAAAAGUGCCAGUAAUUUUUAUGAACGAAUUCAAGCCUGCCUGGCAGUAUACACUUGCUUUCAAGAAGAAGUACAACGGCUACGUGAAUGGUUAUUAGGGUCACAUGGACUUCAGAGAUACUCAUCUCUAAGUUCUGUUUCCACUGCACCCGGGAGAUUGUCUUCUUUGCAAACCUCCAAAACGAAUAAAACCAACAUGAAGGUGACACUGUCAGUACAAUCCAGCUCCGACCAACAGCAUGACUACCAAAGCUGUGGUGUGGUUAUAACAGAUGAUGACACAAUCAUGUAUCACUUGGAAGCGCUGAGCAUCAAGCUGAAGCAAAUGUUAGACAUAGCAGACAAGCUGCAAGAGUACAAUAUAUUAUCUAAGAUGACAGAAGGCUUGAGAAAACCUGCCCAGGAAGAUCUCAUGGAAGAUGAAGAUUUUGAAUCAGAAAGUGUCUUUGACAUUGCUAUGCAAGAAGAUGCAAAAGAGACAGAUGUCCAGACUGAACCUUCCUCAUACCAGCCUCAAAUUCUGAGACAAAUUACAAGUACACCAGGAAAAUUGCAGACUCUUAUCGAGGAAGAUGAACCUCAGAUGUUUGUGGAAGACUCCUCCAUGCUAAAUGUCCCAUCUGUGAAAUGUGAAGAUAGUUCUACCAAAGCUGUAUCCGAUUUGAAAAAUGAUCAACUCACACCAAAUACGGAAGAAGACAAAGAAACUGGGCUUUCCAAUGAGGAGAAACGCAUGUUAGCUAACCUGUACAACAGAGAAGAUGUAGAUGACGAUGAGUGCACUCUGUCCUCUGUUCUUUUGGAAAAACUGGAGCAGAUGAUUGAAGUGCUGACUCAGUAUAUAGAUGCAGAUAUAUUACUGGAUACAGAGAGGAGGCAUCGUGACCCCUUUGAAGAAGGUUACUCAGAAUUCUUAGUCAUGAACCAACAAGCAGAAAAGUACAUUUCUGUCUACAUACAAGCUUUGUUCCUCAGACAAAUGCCCUGCAAGGAUGCCCUUUCUAUUAUUCAAAGGUUUUCUAUUGUCAGUCACAGGCAAGGGAUACAGCACAUUAUCAGUGAGUGCUAUGUGGAGGUAUUUGACUGGUUCUACCUUGAACUGAAGGACAUUCAACAAGUAUAUGAAACCUAUAAGGAUGAGCCAGUUUUACCCAGAAACAUGCCACCUGCAGUAGGAGCUAUUGUCUGGUCAAGGAAGUUGAUGUCAAGAAUUGAAAACACCAUGAAGGCUUUUAAAAAUGUACGAAUUGUAGCAACAUGCCUCACUUAUUCAGAUACUGUAAGACUGUACAACAGAAUAGCUUCUGCCUUGGUGUCAUAUGAAGACAUGUGGUUUCAGAAGUGGAAGUCACAGAUAGACAAAGGUCUAAAUGGACUUCAUUUUACAUUACUUACCCGGGAUCCUGUUUCACAGCAGCUUAUGGUGAACACAGAUAUGAGAAUACUUCAACUGAUUGAAGAGACAAAAUGGAUGUUGAGACUUGGGAUCCGUGUUCCAGAGACAGCUCUGCUAGCAUUUCAUCAGGCAGAAAAAUUUAAAAUGUAUAGAAGUAAUUUAGAAGGUGUUGUGAAGGAAUAUGGAAGAAUUCAGCAAGAGAUCCCUGAAAACUUUGCAGUCUUGUUUUCCCCUCAUCUGGAGCAAGUGAAUCAUCAGUUCCAGCCAGGACUAUCUACUUUAUCAUGGAGUAGUGUGAACAUAGAGGGACUCCUCCACCAGUCCAGUGCUGCUGUAAAACGGCUGCAAAGUAUUGUUGCUCAAGUUACAGAAAUUAAAGAGAUGGUGAUAGAAAAGACCCUUGAAGAGAUCUCCUAUUUCGAUAUUAUUCCAAUGGAUGAAUGUACAAGUGCACCAAAAACUCCUGAUGAGUUUUUGCAGCUUAUGCAGAUAUCUUUGAUGGAGAAGAAAACCAAAGUGGAAACCAUGGCAUGUCUCAUUAAAAAGGGAUUUGAAGAUAUCUUAAAAAUACUAAAGAAGUUUCAGAAUUCCAUUCCAGAAAAUAGCAGACCAUCUGGCCAUUUGAGAAAUACAUCUUCUAAGUCUUUGACCCAAAAAUCUUCACAUAAAUCUCAGAUAAUGUCUAGAGAUGAUUCCAGUAAAGAGUACCCUGAAGAAGUUACCAGACGAGUCCUAGAGUCAAUUAGUCAUCAGCUUUAUCAAGCUGUAUACACUUGCAUUUUGCGUUCCUUAGUCAUCCUAGCACAGUUAGCAGGAUGUGAAGUGGAACAUAUUGCAAGAGGCUUCUCACAUGUAUUAAAUAAAGCACCAGAUGGACCAAACUCCCAACAGAAUAAGCCUCUAGUUAAUGAACAUAUGUUUAAAGAAAUGCUUUUCAGAUCUAGAAUUCAAGCACAGAAGUUAAGGUUUAGAUUGUCCCUCAAGUUUCAGAUACCACAUAUUCUGAUAGAUCCUUCUACAGAAGUAGCUGAGGAUGCCUUGCAUCAGGUUGUUCUUUCCAUCAUAGAUCUCAGCAGCUAUUUGAACUGGUGGUCAGGAGAGAAAAAAGGACAACCAUUCCAUGUAAAUAUGGCUACAGAUAAGCUGCUGCAAUAUAUUACAACUAAGGUUGUGGAAUCAGUAAGAGAUGUAAAUCCUGUGGUUAAGAAGCAUGUAUUCACCCUAAGCUGCUAUGACUUCUUGUGGGCGGACAACAUGUAUAGACAGAGUGAAGAGUUCUUAACUAGCAAUCCAAGCCUUGAUACAGUGCACAAGGAAGUGAAACGAUUUCUCAAGAUUGAAGAACAAAUAAAGGAAUACCCUGAAGUUUUUCCAUUAGGCUGUAUUUGCCUUGAUUAUUCAUUAAUAAAAGAGACAUUAAAAGGCUUUGUUGGAAGCUGGAAGUGUCAUUAUGCAAAUAUUUUACAUCAGUGCGUAAAAGAAGAACUUCUACAUGUUGUACAAUAUCGAGUAAAAGCAUGGCAGCAGCUCACAAUGCCAGUAGAAAGCUUGGAACAGUUAAACUCCAUUUUAGCACUACUAGAAGAACUGCAAAAUAUGGAAAAUAAGAUUGAUGAAGUGUACCAACCUAUAGAACUCACAUAUGAACAACUAAGGUCCUACCAGCUGCGUAUCCCAAGGGAAGAAGUAAAUGAUGUAACAAACUUGAGAAAUAAAUGGGAUGAAUUAAUGGAUCUUACCAGUGUCGUAAAAGAUAAUUUACUGAAAGAGAAACAGGACAUCUUCAAGCAAGAGCUUGACAAACAAGUUAAAAGCUUUGUCGUGGAGGUAAUCCAGUUUAGGAAUCGCUUUGAUACACAAGGUCCGGCGGCCCCUGGCGUGAAGCCAGAGGAAGCUGUGACUCGACUGCAUGAUUUCAAUGAGAAAUACCAGGCAUACGAUGCUAAAAGGAAAACCCUGAUCUCGGUGCAAAAACUUUUCAAUAUCGUUCCAAAGAAAUUUUAUGAGUUGGACAGGACUGGAAAGGAUUUGGAGCUACUGGGAACACUAUAUAUCCUGUUCCAGAAGUUCAUUGAGUUUGACCAGCGAUUCCGGAACACACUUUGGGCAGAUGUAGACCUUGGACUAAAUAACCAAGAGGUUGAACAAUAUUUUUCUGAGUGCCAGAUUUGGAGUGAUAAACUGAAGGACUGGGAUGCAUACAAUAAAAUGGCUCAAGAUAUCAAAUUUUAUGAAGAUGUCUUCCCUAUUCUACAUGAAUUCAAAUCAAAGGAAAUUCGGAAUCGUCACUGGCUUCAGGUCAUGUCUGUAACAGGAAGCUCAUUCCCACUUGAAGCUAAUGUUUUUAAAGUGUUCCACCUUCUGGACAUCGGGCUAUUAAAGUUUAAGAAGCAGUUAAUGUCAAUAGCAAAAGCAGCAAAGAAGGAAAUGGAGCUGGAAAUUAAAAUGAGAAAGGUGGAAGAAGAAUGGAGUGAACAGAUCCUGAGCUUCAGACCUUACAAAAACAAAGUGUUGUUAGUAAAGGAUGAGUCCCUUAUUUUACUGGAAGAGUUAGAAGAUGCCCAAGUGCUUAUUGGACAAAUGCUGACCUCAAAGGAAAUUGAUCCUCUAAGAGAGGAAGCAACUACCUGGGCAGAGAAAUUAAAACGUGUGGGUGAUGUUUUGGAGCUGUGGAUCGAUGUCCAGGAGUUGUGGCUGCACCUGGAGGAAGUGUACAGUAAUCCUACUAUUAGCCAGGAACUGCCACGGGAUGCAAGAAGAUUUGCAAAAGUUAACAGACGAUGGACGUUGAUGAUGAUUUCAGCAUACAAGACAAAAAAUGUCCUUCAGUGCCUCUGGAUCUACAGGCCCCAACAACAGCACACACUGGGCUCUAUCAUGUGCUGCUGCACAGGAGAUGUCCCCAAAGAGGUUCUUCUAAGACACUUCUACCUGGAGCUUGAGAUCUGUUUUUCUGCUUUGAAUUCUUACCUUGGCAGAAUGAGACAGACUUUCCCUCGCUUCUACUUCUUGUCAGAUUUGGCUUUGAUGUCUGUACUUAGCCAACCCUAUGAUAUCAGACAUCUUCAACAUCAUUUAAGGUGCUUGUUUAGUGGGGUUUCCUCUAUUGAAGUGGAGAAUGUCGAAGAAGAGGAAAGUGUGAUCUCUGAUGAAGAAGAAGUUGAAGCAACUGGACCAGUUCUUGAUUUUUUAAGUGUCCGAUCUGGAAAUGAAGGUUGGCUAUCAACAGGGCAAAGAAGCACAACACAUGUCACGGACACAGAAAGCUUAUUUCAAAGAUCUUUAAAAUCUGCUGGUAUAUCGCAGAACAGGAAUCGAGCCAUUGCAUAUAAGGAACCUAGUGUGAAAUUAAAUGCAGUGUCUGUCACAGACUUUGCAGGGGAAUGCUUGCAGUUGGACGAGCAGGUUGCCAUUGCUUCUGACGUUGGUGCCUGGCUCAGUAAACUGCACAGCAGCCUACGUGCUUCAUUAAAUAACAAAAUCUACAAUGUCAUUGGAGACAUUAAUCAAGGAAUGGCUAUAGAUGAGUGGACACAAAAGUACCCAACCCAAGCUGCAGUUCUUGGCCUGCUUUAUCUAUGGACUAAAGACUUUGAAAGCUCCAUUUCUGAAAUAAGACAGGAUCGGAAAGCCCAGUCUCGUAUACUCAAGAAAUAUACAGCGAUGGCCAUCAAACUGUCUGCUAUCACUGCUAAGGGACACUGGAAAAAUAUGGAAGACUCAAUCUCCCAGUCUCAGAGGCUAAAACUGGAAAAUAUUAUCAUGCAAGUACUUUAUCUUCGUGAUGUCAUGGAAAAUAUUUUAUCCCGGAAACUACGAGAGACUGCUGAUUUUGAUUGGAGAAGAACUAUGAAAUUUUACCUGAAGGAAAAAGACGGAUCAUCUAGACAUGAGCUAAGUAUAUUGGAUGCCAAAUAUACUUAUGGAUGUGAAUUCUAUGGUGCCAAAAUCCCUGUAAUUAUGAAUCCUGUAACUGAGAAAUGUUUUUUUAAAAUAUCUCAGAUAUUGCAGCAGUGUAAUGGAGUAAUCCUUCAAGGAGACCAUGGUGUUGGCAAAACUGAAACAAUAAAGGGACUGGCAUAUUUACUAGGAAAUUUUAUUUACAACUUCACGUGUUCUUCAGUGACAGACAUAGCAGCUCUGAGCAGAGUAAUAGAUGGAACAGCUCUUGAUGGAUGCUGGAGCUGCUUUGACGAUUUUCAUCUCCUCCCUGAGAAUGCAGUCUCUGUGUUUAUGCACAGUACAAGAUCUCUUUAUGAUUCAAUACAAGCAAAACUACCCAAAAUCGUCAUAGAAGAUGGAUCCCAGAUUGAAGUACAAUCCCGUUGCAGCGUAUUUCUCACUGUCUCCAAAUCUGGAUUCCACAGUCUCCCGAAGGAUAUACUGGCUGUCUUUAGAGCAGUUUCUUUGGUUCUUCCUGAUCACACAAUAAUCCUCAAGGCCAAACUUACCAGCCUUGGCUUCAAAGGCCCAAAAGCCCUGGCCACAAGACUACAGCUCACUUCAGAACUGCUUAAGGAACAACUCCCAGAGGAAUCUCACUGUCAUUUCAGUUUACGGGCUAUGCUAGAAGUUAUAAACUGGGCUGUUCAACGCAGAGAGAUGGAAAAUAUGAUUAAUGGUCGUAUGGAGAGCGAUGGAGGAAGAUUCUCCCGAUCUAGCAGUGUUAUGUCAUAUCAACAGUUUACAGCAUUUGCAGCAAGUCCUGUGCCCAGUUUAAAAACUGGUAACAGUGCAGAGCGAAAUAAGAAAGUAAUCUCAACUAACCCUGUUCUUACCGCUGCAAAGGAAAGCCAUGCAUUGAUAGCUGAUUCACUGCAGGACAUCAUUGGCCCAAGAAUGACUGGUGAUAGUUAUUUGGUGUUUAAACAAAUUGUUGGAGAUGUGUUUACGGGAAUGUAUGACCCAUCAGAGACCAGACAGAUCCUCCAGAAGGAAAUCGAAAGAGCCAUUUUAUUGAAAUCCGAAGAAAAUAAAUUGUUUCCUCAUUCUCCGUGGCUCAGUAAAGUCAAACAACUGUUUAAUUUAUCUCUAGUAAAUUCCGGUGUAAUUGUAGCAGGCCCACCGGCUUCUGGAAAAAGUUCAUGCAUUAGCAUAUUAAUUCAGGCUCUUAAUCAUAUACAAGUUUCAAGUGGAGAAGCAUCACAUAAAAUUGUGAAAAUUCAUCCUCUAAGUGUCGACAACAGGACUUUGAUGUUUGGUGGUCUGAAUGCAUCAAAUAUGUGGCAGGAUGGAGUUAUCAGCUAUUCGUGGAAGAAGGCAGUUCGGAAUCACUGUAAUACAUGGCUCUGGUUUGAUGGAGCUCUGAAUGGCAGCUGGGCUGACAACUUUAACAGUGUACUUGGACCAGAGACAGUUUUACAGCUCAUUAAUGGGGAUUACUUGGAACUUCCAGAAAAUCUGAAAUUGAUUUUUGAAACAACUGGUUUACAAAAAGCUUCACCUGCAACCCUGACAAAAGCAGUGAUAUUGUAUAUUGAAAACGAAGCUGUUGGUUGGAGACCUCUGUCCAAAAUUUGGCUAGAUGGAAGAAACCAACAAGAAAAUGCUGUUCUUUCAAAAGCUUUCUACCGGACUUUGGACCCCAUCUUCAAUCUUAUGCUUCAUGAUACCAAGCUGAUCGUUCCAGUAACAGAAGUUGGCUUGUUCCAUUCUGUUACAAGCUUACUGGCAAUCAUGCUGAAUGAUAAGGCUCAGAGUAUUGGCGGACAGCUGCAUAUUGAGAGGCUUUUCAUCUUCUGCCUUAUCUGGUCAGUAGGAUCUCUCAUUGAAUGUGCGGAAAGGAAGAAGUUCAGUGAUCUACUCAAGGUUUAUACAUCAGUUUUGCCAGAUGAUGAGCAGGAGAUUUCGGUAUUUGAUUAUUUUCUUGACGAAUCAGGAGAGUGGGACACAUGGCAGUCACGCUUACCAGAUAUCACAUAUGUUGGCAACACAGACAUCAUGGGAGAAAUUUUCAUUGAAACCCAAGACACGGUUAUAGUGCGCACUUUCUUAGAGUAUGCCAGCAUGGGAUCCCAACAUGUCUUACUAACUGGACCUGCAGGGUGUGGGAAAACAGCAUUAAUGAAUGACUUCGAUUCUACACAAGACCGGACACGCACAUUGCUUAAAAGAAUGGUGUUUUCAGGAUCUUCAAAGGCCAAAGAACUCCAAGAAUUACUAGAGCAAAAUGUAGUCCACAGACAAGGUUUCAUAUAUGGUGCAAAAGAUGGGAAAACUCUGCAGUUAUUUAUCGAUGAUCUGCACCUUCCUACACCUGAUGAGAAUGGGGUACAGCACUGUAAUGAGCUACUAAGAAUGCUUCUUGAUGACAAAACUCUGGUGAGAUUCAACAAAUCUUUUGAGUGGCAAACCAUAGAAGGGCUCCUCGUAAAAGCUGUAAUGGGUCAACCCAAAUAUAUCAACAGUGCCCAUAGAGUUUCAGCUCAAAGGCUAUUGCGGCAUUUUUCCAUAUUCCAUCUACCGAAUCUAGAAGGCUCCCAGCUACAAAAAGUGAUUUUCUCCAUACUGGAAGCAAAUAUGGGUGAGAAAGAUGGCCUUUCUCUGCAAGAAGAUUUUCAGUUAUCCUUGGCAAAAGCCUCAUGCCAUAUUUUGGAAUCUGUUAGAAAUAUCUUAGUUAAUUCCUCAACACCAGGCAGACAGCACUAUCUUUUCUCUUUGGGAGAAAUAACCAAAGUAUUUCAGUCUCUUCGGAAGCUGUCCAAUGAAGAUCGUGAAGACCGUGGCACUGUUGUAGGAUAUUGGGAGCAUGAAAUUAAUUGUGUCAUACGGGACAGAUUGUGCAGGCAUGCAGACAUCAGUUGGUUUAAAUCAGAAUUGACAACAGCCAUCAAAGAGUAUUUUCCAGACAUAACAUCAUCUGCACUUCAAAAAAUAUAUACAACAUUUCCAUUGGAAAUGAAGUCUUCUUAUCAAACCAGAACCAAUAACAAAGAUGUCAAGAUCUUGCUGCAGUCUCUUGAAAAACUUGAUGAUGUGCAGACCUUCUUGGAGACCAUUGUACAGCAUUACAACGAGGAGCUUGGACACCAAAAGCUGCAUAUUGAAUUAUCAGAGAAUGUUGUAAUUCAAGUGAUCCGUAUACACAGGGUCUUGUGUUCAGAGAAUAGUGGCAAUGCUUUAUUAGUAGGUUGUGUAGGAUCCCACCUGUCCACCCUAGUGAAGCUUGCUCUCUAUGUUGCUGACAUACCUCUUCAUCCGUUGGAUAUAUCUGGAAGCAAUGCCUUUUUGAACAGUCUGAAAUCAGCUAUUCAGAUAUCAGCAGUUGAAGGAAAAUCAACAGCCAUUCUAUGCACUGGAGAAGAGCUGGCCACUGAGGGCUGUCUGAAUGCCAUUAACAGCCUGCUGAUUUGUGGGGAAUACUCCCCUUUGUUCACAACUGAAGAAAUGAAUGACCUCCUGCAGGUUCUGGGACCAGCAUUACGUAGGAAGCAUCCACAUCUUGGUUGUGACCCAACCAAGUACUUUAUUUCUCAAGUGAAAUCAUAUCUACGAAUAAUAGUCUGUAUUUCUCCAUACCAUGAACUUCUGAAGACCGCCUCAGGAAAAUAUCCCGGAUUCUUAACUGGUUGCCAGCUAAUCUGGAUUGACAGCUGGUCACAAGAUGUUAUUAACAGGGAAGCCAAACACUACAUUAUGCAACCCAGGAUUAUGGAAGCCCACACAGAGGAAACCCGUGGGAAUGUAGCAACAGUGAUUACCUUGAUUCAUAGUUAUAUGCUCCAUCAAAAUGACCAGGUUCCAUGGACAGGAAAUAGUAAUGCCAGCAUAUUUUUCAAGGGUGCGGAUGAGGUUGGCCAGAGCAACUGUUCACUCAGAGAUGUGGGUCCUGCUCAACAUCCAUACUGCAAAGAUAUUACUCAGGAAAAACUCAGGCUUCUACUUUCAAAGGAAGCGCCAAUGACAGACAAAGUUUUUAUUGGUCCAAGCACAUUGCAGAUGUUCUUGGAUAACUUUAAACAUAUCUUCCUAAAGAAAGCAGAAGAACAGCAUAAAACCAAUAAUCAGCUGAAGCAUGUACUUGAGACACUUACUAAUACCAGGAUGGAUGCAAAGAAAACUCAGGAAAGCAUUGGUGGUCUUGAAGAAAAAUACAAGAAAGCACAAAUCAUGGUUUCAGAUAUUUUAGAUAAACUUAUCACAAAGACUUCUAUGUUGGAGCAGCUUAAAGCUGUAUUAGGCAUUGGAGAUGAGACGCUGCAAAUUUUCCUUUCACAAAAUGAAAAUGAAUUGGACAAUUUUGAUGAAAAUGAUGACUUGUUAAAAGAUGAUGGUUGUGAUGAAUAUGAUGAAGCAUUUUAUCGCAUGAAAGAGGCAAGUAAAAAGUCAUAUCUGCACGAUAUCCAGAAAAAGAUCGAGAAAGCAGCUGAUGAGCUAGAGGAACUCAAGAAGCACCAAAGAUCCAUAAAGAAUGAGGUGAUGCACUGGUGUAGUAAAGUAGACAAACCGUGUGUUGAAAGACUCGUCCGAUGCCAAAAUCCCCCAUAUCUAGUUGCUCAGAUUCUGGAAAUGGCAUUGGUCAUGAUCAGUUGCCUCUGUACAGCUGAAAACAUUAAUGACCUUCAAAAAUCUCCCCAGCCUUCUCCUGUAAGCAAAUCAACUCCAUCCAAGAAAGGUAUGAGAGAUCCUACUGACAAGGUUGACAGAGCAAGGUGGAAGAAAAUACAAUAUCAAAUUGGAGAGACCAGCAAAUUUGUCGACAUGAUACAUCAGAUUGCAAAGCUUGAAGAUGGACUACCAGAACAGACCUUAAAAGAUGUUGAGGCCUACCUUGGCAAAGCUAAAGAAGGGUCACAUGGUGUUACUGGUGAAGGUUCUUUGUUGGAAAAUGCUGCUCCUUAUGCAACUCCCCAGUCCAUCACGCCAGCCAAAAAAUAUUCACACAUUGAUUACAAUAAAAAUAAAGGAGCAAAAGGAGGAGGAAUUACUAUUGCAACAGCCCGAUACAGCUCGGAGGAUGCAGCAUCUCUGGUGGCAUUUGUUGUUGCCAUUGUGGAGUACACUCGACUUUGUGCACCGCUCAAGGAAUGUCAGAAAAAGUUGUCCAAUUUAGAAAAAGAGAAAGAAGAUCUCAUAUUAAAAGAAGCACAAUCAAGAGUGAUGCCAGAGAGCUUUGAAGAAGAGCCGGUAGUGUUGCGUCAUCAGACGCUAAGCGCGCUCACAGCAGACGAUCUUCCUCCUCUCCAAAUAGAGGUGACAAAGCUCCAUGAAGAGUAUGAUGCUGCUGUCAGUCAUAAGCACCAACUUGAGGAAGAAUUGCAGUCACACAAGGAGAAGCUUCAGGCAGCUGUAAAUACGCUGGACAGAUUGAAAAUUCAAGAACAAGAAUGGAGAGAGCAUUUGAAGCAAAGUAACAUUAGUGAUCUACUGACAAACUGUCUGCUGGCGGCAGCUUUUAUCACAUAUUGCCCUGCCCUCAGUGUGGAAGGGAGGAGGAGAGUUACUGAUUUGCUGUACAAAGUCUGUGAGAGCUGUGAUCUUCCCCUUCCACAGAGAACGCUCCUGAAGGACCUGCCUCUCAUUCAGUUCAUGCAGUCUCCGAUUGAAAUCAAGACAUUGGAGAAGAGGGGCCUUCCAACAAAUCCUCUCGCUUUGAAUAAUUCAUGCAUUUUUUCAAAUACAACAGCCAGUAAUUCUUGGGUCUUAGUGAGCGAUCCCACAGGACAGGCUAUUAACUGGAUUAAAGGCCACUUGCCAGAAGAUACAGUUGAAACAAUGUACAAUACUCUGCUUUCUGAGAUGGACACAUGCCUGACAGUCGGACAGUCCCUUUUGCUGACUUAUUGUGAAAUACAAGACCUAUCUCGUGAUAUUCGCCUUGGGCAGAUUCUCCGUUCUAAAAGAGAAUUUAUGCAGCAUAUUUUGCCAUUCAAAAUGAUGGUGGGGGAACAUGAAGUAGAAUGCCACCCUUCUUUCCGUCUUUUCCUGCAUACAACCAAAAUGCCACAAGAAGUUCCUCCAGAAGUAGCCUCUUUCUGCACCAUACUGUACUUCUAUCAGGACAGAGAAGGAUUAGUAGAGCAGCUGUUGGACAGAUUUGUUGAACUAGAAAAGCCUAGACUAAAAGAGGAACACCUACAACUCAAACAGGAGUGCUUGAACAACAUGGUGACACUGUCAGCUUUGAAAGAAAAAAUAAUAGCAACUCUGCAAACUCAUGACUCACUCUUGCACAGUUUAUCGGUUACUAAGAAGUUGGGAGACUUGACACUGCAGCAUGAAGAAGCCACAGAAAUGUACAUGAAGACUGUUGCCUCAGAAGACAGCUUGUUACUUACAAGAGGAGGUUUCCGUGAGAUCGCUGUACGGGGUGCUGUGAUGUUUGACACUGCAAGAAUGCUCCAGGAACUUAACAGAAUGUAUGACACCAGUUACAGACAGCUGCUGCAACUAUUUGAUGUAUCGGUGGCUCAUUCAGAAAGGUAUUCACUGAAAGGAAUAGUGGCCUGUGUGACAAGUAACAUAUUCUCAUAUAUAUCAAGAUCCUUGCUGGAAAAAGAUAGGAUGGUUUAUGCCUUAAUUGUCGCAUUUGAGGUGGAGGAGUCACUAGGACGAAUAAGAGCAGGUGAGAGAGAAUUCAUCAUGUCACCAGAGCUACGUGUCACAGUGCUACAAAGGAUGAACAGUAAGAUGUCGGAAUCACGUCAGCAGGCAAAAAACCCAUUUGACUGGAUGAGUGAAGAGCAGUUUAAAAAUGUGCAGAUUCUUGCCAUAUACUUUGACUGGUUUGGAGACCUCUUUGAUCGAAUGUACAAAGACAGUAAAGACCUAACAUGGAAAACAUUUUGUGAAAGCGAACAGCCAGAAAAUCCUUCAAAGGUUAAAUGGCCUGAAGGAAUUGAAGCACUAAGUCCACUUCAGAAAUGUAUGGUUUUGCGAGCUGUGAGGAUGGACAGGAUACUACCAUCAGCCUCUAACUACAUAGGUGCUGCACUUGGAAAGAUGUAUGCAUCAGAUGUAGCCACAGAUCUUCAGACAACACUGUCAUGGAUGUCACCACAUGAGCCAGGGUUACUCAUUUAUGGUGCAGAUUGUAUGUUGCCACGGACUCUACUUGAAGACCUUGCAGAAACAAAGAACCAAAAAAUGACUAUUCUCCCCAUUGGCUUCUCUGAAGACAAAACAAAGAAUAUCUUGAUUCAAGCAAUGUCUGAGGGUAGUUGGAUGCUAAUAGAGAACAUCCAUAAUUCUGCCAAAUUAAUGAUGUCAUUUGGAGAAAUUCUAAAGUCGAAUAAGAAUCCAGACAAAAACUUUCGACUGUGGCUUUCUGUGCAAGCUAGACAAGAUCUGCCAACACCACUGCUGCAUUACACUGUGAGAACGAUUGUGGACACUCCAAUGAAUAUAAGGCGUGGAAUAAUUUAUUCUUGGAAGUUAGUUAACCAGGAGACGCUAGUUUCAAGUUCCCGUCCAGAAUGGCCAGCUCUACUACACAAUCUUUGUUUCUUGCAUUGUGCAAUUCGCAUCAGAACAUUGUAUGGUGCCCUAGCAGGCUGGAAUUGUCCAGAUGCAAUGCGAUUUGGGUGGGCAGAAUUAACGGAAAGCAUUGAGGUCUUGAAGCGUGAAUUUAAAGAUGACCUUCAGAAUGUAGGAAAGCUUCCAUCCUGGACCGCUGUGAGAUAUCUACUCUCAGAAGUAAUUUAUGGGCGCAAUGUUGCAGAUGAAUUCGACAUGACCGUUUUGACAUCAAUGACUGAUUACUGGAUCAGCCCAAAUACUAUGAAGAAAGACAGCGAACUCACUAAAUUAAAAUUCAGAAUUCCAUCACCUUUCUUUAAUCCGGAUUUAAAUCCUGUUUUGCUGACACAAGCCCUGGAAUCCAUUCCUCAGUAUUCAUUAGAUUCUCCAGAAGCUUUCCAUGUGCACCCCUCUCCAAUGGUUCCAUUCGGUGAACAGGGUUAUGUUAUCUCAAAGCUUGGCCAACUUUAUGGAUUCAAACAAGAGCCCUGGCGAUAUGGUGUGAAAUCUUUACCAACAUCUCAGAAAGGUGUGAAACCAGUUACAUUUGCAAGUCCCCGUUCCUUAUCAUUGACUCUACCAGAGAUUUUGCCUAGCUCUGCUGACAUCUAUAUACCCAAGCUAUCAGAGGUUCAAGACAUCUGUGCUUCCAUCUUGUCCAAACUACCACGAGGAUGGAGUCGGGAUUUUAUCAAUGACCGACUUAAAAAACUCGGAGGAGACACACCAUUCAAUCUGUUUUUCAAGAAGGAACUUAGCAAUCUUAUGUCACUGGUAUCUGAAGUUAGAAACAAUCUGCAGAUGAUAAGAAAUUCCCUGGAAUCAUCUGACAUUUUAGGAGAUCAGCUUUCAGAUCCUGACAUCAUUACCAUUGUCCAUGACUUGUAUCACAAAAAACCUCCAGCCCACUGGUGUAAUAGGGCAUGGAAUUCUUCUUGCCCGUCUGAUUGCUCGGUUUCAUACUUUAUACAAGAUUUACAGCAGAGAGUCACACACUUUGAGAAGCUACUUCAGUUUGGUCGGGAAAAAAUGCCAAUAUAUUGGCUUGGAGCAUUUCGUAAUCCAAAAGGCCUACUAUCUGUACUGAAACAAGAGGCAAUUCGCAGAUACUCAGAGAGAACUGGAAAUGUGGACUCAAUAGAUUUUAAAACCGAAAUUACACAAAGAGACAAGGAACAUAUUAGAGAUCCACCUCAGGAAGGAAUAUUUGUACAUGGAGUCCAUCUUUGGGGAGUGCACUGGAACAAGACUGAUGGAGAGAUUGUGGAUUCACCUCCAAAGCAUAGUCUGAAUAUCUUACCCGUUAUUCACUUGCAGUGUUUGCCUACAUCAGAAAAGUCUGGGAUUCAUGAUACCCAAAAAUCAGAUACAUACUUAUGUCCAGUGUACCUUUCAUCCACAUCUAGAAGAGAGCCGGUUUUCACUUUAGACAUUCACAAAGAAAACAUUGCUAGUUCUAGGUGGGCUCUGAGAGGUAUGAAAGCAACAAUACAUCCCUUUUGAUGUAUUCCCCAUUCUGCAUCCAUAGUAAUAUAUACAUUGUUUAUAUAAAUAUAUAUAUAUAUAUAUAUAUAUAUAUAAAAAAAAUAUCACUAUAUUAGGUUUAUACAUGUAAGACAGAUCUGGAAAUAUAAAAUAAAAA